AUGUCGGUUGGUCAAAUGAGACCCCAGGCCUCACAGUUGCUGGAACUUCAUGUUUUUUAUGUCCCAGAAGGAGUGUGGGACUUCAAGCUGAACACAGUUCCUGUAGCUGUUACUAGCAAAUUCAUCUCAGCUGGAUUUAUAAGGGUGUCUCCUCACAUCACAUUAAGAGUGCUACGGGAGAAGCUUGGAGAGUACCUGGGUGGAGUUGCAGUUGGAGAUAAAUUCAAAUUUUUAAAAUGCAUUGGGAAAAAACUAGCAGUGGUGAAAGCAAAGCAAGAAACAGAACUGGAACUGAAGUCAUUUGCUCCUCCUUAUGCACUUUAUCCUGAAUUAUAUUUAUUACCUGGAGUGGAAUACUUUGAAGAUGUUUAUCCACUGUCAUCAUCAGCUCAACAAAGGCAUCAUUUCAGUGCAGAAACUAGUAGGUUUGGUCAUGGAUUAGGAUUAUCCAGUGUUCCCCAGCAAAAAAUUGAAAAAGGUGAACAUUUUUUAGGAAGCAUACAAAGUGGUAAUCAGCUAGAAAAUCAGGAAGUGCACAGUCCUGAGGAAUGGCAUGAGAAAGAGCCCAUUCCUGCUCUGCACACAAAACACAAGCAAGGCCAUAACAACAGGAUGCAAGAAAAACAGAGACAGUUUAAAGAAAAAGAUCAAAACAGAUCCAAUGGAUAUUUUUUCACACCAAGUCUUUCAAAUCCUGCAAACCCUGUGUCUGGAAAGAGUGAUACAGUGCUACAGACUUCUCAGCAAAAUCAUCUCAGCCAAGAUCAAAAAGAGCAAAACACUCCUAAGGGGAAUGACAAAGCCAAAGGAACUGCUCUUACUCUUCAUGUAGACUGCAGUGAUGAACAUGGCCAGAAUAACCAAAUACUUGAACAUCAUAUUAAGUAUCAAAAAGUGUAAUCUCUAUAUUUUGAUCAUCACUGUCCUGUCACAGAACAAACAAACUUGGAAAGCAGUGACCACCAGAGAGAUACCAAACUAAGAAGAGAGAGAAUACAGAAUGCUGGAAUUCUUAAAAAAAUGGAAGACCAAACCACAGAUCAUGUAUGCAAAAAACAAAGCUUGGAGCAAUACAGAGCUAGCAAGUCUCUAACUGAAUAUGGUGAAAAACUGGAAAAUCAGGCAAAUGAAAAGAAGCAAGAUCAUCUUACUUGUCAGAAAGAAUAUAGUUUGCCUCCUAGUCCACCUUUUCUGGCACUUCCUGUAAAUACAGCUCAAAUUCCUGCAGUUCAGGCAGCAAAAAACAAGAUGGUAGAACAGCUGCAACAAAUUAAGAAAGAGAGAAGGCACAUGGAAAAAACUAGAGAAGAACUGAUCAAAACAGCAAAAGGGCUGCUGGAACAAAAUAAGCUGAGGAGAUACCAUGUUCGUGAGGAAUGGAAAAAGAAGUACUUUGAAACCAAGAAAGCUACAGCUUCACUGGAGGACACUUUAACCAAACUGCGACAAAAUUUAGAGCUUUUUCACCAGAAAUUACUCUUGCAAUUGGAAGCCAGAGGUGGCCCAAACCGACCAAACAAUAUGACCAACUCUAAGAAUUACACAAUCAUCCGGAUUACUACAGUGCAGCAUGAACUUGAUCAACUGAGGAGGAAGCUGGAUGAUACAAAAAUGAAACUCGUAACAGAAAUUAAGAUGAGGAAGCAGGCAGCAUCUGAGUUGCGAGCACUGAGAGCUGAUCUGAUGCAGAAGAUUCAUUCACCUUUCAUUCUCCAGUCCAGAAAAUCAGGAAUUUAAAAGGAUGACACCUGAACACCUGUGAAGUCUACAGGAGCUCUGAAGCAUAUAGAAGCUUAGAAUUUCAGAG